GACGAAAUACACUUCCCCAGGAGUUCGACAAACUUUUUUUAGUUCGAGAGUCGCGGACGGGACGUUACUCCUCGUGGUGUUAUGUAACGGCCAGCUUGACUAGUUAGCUGGUAAAAACUAGUUUGGGCCGGUCUAGUUGGGAAGGUAACGACGUUACACCAAACUGUGCGCAAUGCAUAUGGUAGCGGCAAACGGAUCCGUCAUGGACUUGGACUCGUCGGAUUUGGUGAAAAUUAAAGCACACUACGGCAGGGACAUGCUGAUUGCGGACCUGGCAGCCACGGUAACCUUCGUGGAGUUGCACAAGGAGGUGAGAAAGAUGUGCAGCGUGGCUAAGCAACAGCCCAUCACACUCAAGUGGAUCGAUGACGAAGGAGACCCGUGUACCAUCUCGUCUGAGCUGGAGCUGGAGGAGGCCUUUCGUAUUUACAAUCGCACCAAGAGGUCCGGUCUACUGCUGCACGUCUUCCCCAGCGUCCCGGCUCAGCCCGGCAUGCCCUGCCCCGGAGAAGACAAAUCGAUCUAUCGCCGAGGAGCCAGAAGAUGGAGGAAGCUCUACAGAGUCAACGGACACCUCUUCCAGGCCAAGCGCUUUAACAGGAAAGCCUGCUGUGGCCACUGUGCUGAACGGAUAUGGGGGCUGGGCAGGCAGGGCUACAAGUGUAUCAACUGCAAACUGCUGGUCCAUAAGCGCUGCCACCGACUCAUCCCUCAGACCUGCCGAAGGCUUAUGGAUCCAGUCAUGCCAUCUCAGGAGCCCCCUUCGGAUGCCAAGAGUGAAGAAGUGGACGUUCCACCGGAGGACUCAGACGGAAUAUCUUUUCUACCACACAACUGUACCGUGGAUAAAACAGAGGAUGCCGAUUCAGAGGACAUCAAAGCAGUCGUGGACGGCAUCGAUGGCAUCAAGCUGUCCCAGGGCCUGGCUCUCGGGCUGGAGGACUUCGACCUGAUCCGGGUGAUCGGGCGCGGCAGCUACGCCAAGGUGCUGCUGGUGCGGCUAAAGAAGAACAAGCAGGUGUACGCCAUGAAGGUGGUGAAGAAGGAGCUGGUCCACGAGGACGAGGAUAUUGACUGGGUGCAGACGGAGAAGCACGUGUUCGAGCAGGCGUCCACCAAUCCAUUUUUAGUAGGCCUCCACUCCAGUUUCCAGACAGAAAGUCGGUUAUUUCUGGUGAUUGAAUAUGUGAACGGCGGGGACAUGAUGUUUCAUAUGCAACGACAAAGGAAGCUCCCUGAAGAACAUGCAAGAUUUUAUGCUGCCGAAAUCUGUAUCGCCCUGAACUUCCUGCAUGAAAAGGGCAUCAUCUACCGAGACCUGAAGCUGGACAACGUUCUCUUGGAUCACGAGGGACACAUCAAGCUCACAGACUACGGCAUGUGCAAGGAGGGGAUCAGACCAGGUGACACCACGAGUACCUUCUGUGGAACACCAAACUACAUUGCACCCGAGAUCCUCAGAGGAGAGGACUACGGCUUCAGCGUGGACUGGUGGGCUCUGGGCGUGCUGAUGUUUGAGAUGAUGGCUGGGAGGUCCCCGUUCGAUAUGAUCACCGACAAUCCCGACAUGAACACAGAGGAGUACCUCUUUCAAGUUAUUCUUGAGAAGCCCAUUCGCAUCCCAAGGUCUCUGUCGGUGAAAGCUGCCAGUGUCCUCAAGGGCUUUCUCAACAAGGAUCCCAAGGAGCGGCUGGGAUGCCAGGUCCAGACGGGCUUCACAGAUAUCAAGGCACACACAUUUUUCCGCAGUAUAGACUGGGACCAGCUGGAGAAGAAAGAGACGACGCCGCCCUUCAAACCUCAAAUCACGGAUGACUACGGCCUCGAAAACUUCGACACGCAGUUUACGAACGAACCGGUGCAGCUAACGCCAGACGACCCGGACGUCAUCAAGAGAAUAGACCAGUCUGAGUUCGAGGGCUUUGAGUACAUCAACCCCCUGCUGCUCUCCACAGAGGAGUCCGUAUGAGGGAGGGGGGGGGGGGGGGCGACCGGCUUCCUCCUUCGCCCACCGACUGUCUGUCCAAGCUGCCGACUCAGCCAAAAAACAACAACACUCGCGAGCCAACUCUGAGAGGCGAAGAGGAGGAGGAGGAGGAAGAGUAAAAGGACAACAGGGAGGAGGACCCUCACCCUCUGGACCUUGUCAACGAGGCCGAGAACAGAACCGGGUCCCCCCCCCCCCCCGGCCCGAUCGACCGUUGGAAUACCAAAACUUCGUUUUUUUUCUUGGUACCUUGACGAGGAAUACGAAAGACUUCAAGAGCAUUCCCCGACGGCGCGUUGUCUUCUCCUUUCUUUCCGUUCUUUUGCUCCUCCGGGCUCCAUCGUUUCCAUCCCUCCAUCCCCUCACGAUCCACGCGCCAUGAUUUUAGAACCGUUUCGUCCCAUGCCUCCGCCGUCAUCGAACGCAUCGCCUCACAUCCCUGGAGGAAUAUGACAGUUCUGCCCAGAGAACUUGACUUUUUUUUAUUUUUACGUGCACUCAUUUUCUUUAGAUUUAUUUUGAGGAUGAGGAGGUGGUUGCGCAACACCUCACACUAAACAAGAAUGUACGACGACAAAAGAAACUCAAUGAAGUUAUUAUUGUUGCCCUGAAGCUCGUUUAUCGAUGUGAAGCGGCUCAUUUUCACCCUUUUUUGUUCAUUUUGUUGGAUUUUUCCACUAACGGGUGAUCACUUUGUUUAACUUUUAUUUAAGAAGUGCCUCUAAGAUCUUGUUACCGCGGCUCUGAUUGCACUCGUCUCCGUGAUGGAACACGCCCCGUGAAGACCCGCCGGCUCCACGAGCGUCCGUCCCCAAAGUAUCAGCAUAGUUCUAUUUUUAAAAAUGGCGUCGGACACUUUAUUUAUUUGGACGGAGCGUGACGCUCCGUGUGAUGACGUCACAGGCGGCCGCGGUCCAUACGGUCCCGUAUCGGUAAACCCCUCACACACACACACACACACACAGCUCCAGUAAACACGGAGAAUCACGACUUCAAACCCUCCGCGGUGUGUUCAGGCACCGUCGGAUUCCUCUCCACCAGCUGCCGCUGCGUGACCAUCUGCAGCCGGUGGGAAGCGUCACGUGACCGCUGGGUCGGGGAGAUGUCUCCACACACACACACACACACACACGCUGCAAACUAGACGUCUUUCUGCAGUCAAAUCUCUUAAAAACUGAUCAAUAAAAAUUCAAAGUAUCUAUUGGUUGUUUCUAAAAGGAAUAAAAGGUCUUUAGAAAAGACGUCAUGAACUCAUCUUCACUCGUGACGAAGAGGAACGAGUUCUCAAAGCAUCAGGAAACAAAAAGACAUCCAACAUGUUAUUUUGACUUUAAAGCAGACGAUGUGUUUUCCUUCAUCGUCGUCACACAGGAACGCGACGCUCUUAUUUUGAAAUUCUUAAACAUGUGGGUUUGUUGUUGUUUUCUUCACUUCAAAUUGAAGUUUGUAUUCCCCGUCGUCCUCAGACUAGAAUAUCUCUGGAUGUGUCAUAAUAAUAAUCAUUAUUCCCGGACGUUGUUCAUGUUGCUCAAUCCACUAAACACGUAAACGGCGCUUCACAUUUUUCUCUUCGGGUUUACGACUCGAGAUUAAUAAAAGUCGAUGUCUAAAGACUAAUAAAUCUCUCGUCACGUCGUCCAAAAUCGUGUCGAUGUUCAGCCAAACUACGACUCUCACUCUCACUCACGCCGCCGUCUCCUAGCAACAAGACUCACGCACACACACAAAGGUGAAACGAGAAAAGCUUUUAUUUAUCGGCAGUGUUGUUUCCACUGUGUGUUAACGGACACCUGUAAGAAAUAAUUAAUAAAUAAAAACUCUUCAAUAUUUUAUUGCCUUUUCAAAGCAAAUAACCUUUAAAUUAUGAAUAACACAAAUAAAUAGCGACGUGAUGAAUGUGAUUUACCUUUUAAUCUGGGCGGGGCUACCAUCAAGUUGUUAUUCCUCAACCAAUAAGUUAUUUUCUUUAAAAAGUAAACAACUAUUCAUUUGAUUAUAAUUCAAUUUAGUAAAAGUUAGUCAAUAAACAAAGUGUCCGGUCCAAUAGAAAGACGUUAAACCCUUUUAUCAGGGUCACGAGGUUUCUUCUUCUUGCCAAAUCCAAAACAGAAAAAGGCAAAUUAUUGCAAAAGAAUGUGAAAAAACACGUUUAUAAAGUAGAUUUAUUCACAGAGGUUCCCUGAAGGGGGCGAGGACGGGACGAACAAAUAUAAAGAUAAUAAAACUAGGAAAGAAACAAACUAACAAAGAUCCACGGAAACAAAAACAGAAGGAGCAGCAGCCAAUCACCAUGUACAGGGGGCCCUGAACACACCACGUGACCUCAACCUUCGUGUGUGUGUGUGUGUGUGUGUGUGUGUGUGUGUGUGUGUGUGUGUGUGUGUGUGUGUGUGUGUGUGUGUGUGUGUGUGUGUGUGUGUGUGUGUGUGUGUGUGUGUGUGUGUGUGUGUGUGUGUGUGUGUGUGUGUGUGUGUGUGUGUGUGACCAAACAAAAACUUCUUCCUUUUUAAAACGGAGCCCUCUGAUUGGCCCGUUGCCUUCAGGAACCCAGGUGGCAACUAUUCACCAGAUUGGCACCUGAAGGCAACACAAGGACACACACACACACACACACACCUCUGACACGUAACACACCUCUAUUUGUGUCGUGUACACGGAGCUGAUGGAGGAACGAUGAUCUAUAUCUAGAGUUAAAAAAAUAAAUAAUUGUCGUCUACUAUUUGAGUCGAGCGUGUUCAGAACACAAAGAUGAGACGUUCUCCUGGAACCGAAGUCACGAGUCACGUAGACCCCAAAAACACGGGCCGGGAAAACCGCCGCGUUACCAUGACGAUGUCACACCCGUCCACACGGUGAACAGAAAUAUGAGACCAUGGAGAAGAACAAACACGGCAGCUUAUUCUUCUCAUUAACUCAAUGCAGCUCAUUUUGCAGAGCCCAAAAUUACAAAUUAGCCUGUCGGCUUUACGACCUCACUGACCUUUGACCUUUCACAUCGGAUCAGGAAAAACUCCCCAAAAAAUAGAAGAAAACAACUUUUAGGGGGAAUAAUAAGUGAAGAGAGCAACGGAGGAGGACCCCUCUCCGGGAUGGACGGAACAAUAGACGUCAUGUGACCAGAAUGAACAGCGUUGCAGAGUGACUCCUGCCUCUGGUGGCCGGUUGAGGGACUGCACACAGAGCCCACGUUCCCAGAGAACCUCGGCGCUUCGUCAGAUUCUCGGGUCGUAUUUAAUUAUUUGCGUGUCUCGACAAUAGGAUAAAUUAGCUGAGUCACAUGGUGUCAAUUAGCUGUAGGGCCUUUACACACACACACACACACACACUCUUCUUCCUCCAACCCCUUAAACUCCAUCUCAUUCGCUGCAUUUUGUGAACACGGCCGUCAUGAGUUCCGUUUGCACAUUGUUGUUUUUGUUGUUUUGUUUAUUUUAUUGAGGGACCAAUGGAUGAACUGGGAGUCCUGGAGAAAAAAACCCCACUUUGCAGAGAACAGUGAAGGCCACUCAAACAUCUGGAAGCGGGAGGUUCGAGGCGCUCCGUGUUUACGGUUCACGCCGCUUGGACACGCUUCAUUUCGCUUCACUGCAUAUUUGUAAAUAUGUGUAAUUAUUAAAAAUGAUACUGGUUUUCUGUGAAA